AUGUCUUAUCUGGUCAGCGACUUUCUCAUCAAUCCUGUUCUCCGACAAGCUCGCCGUUUCUCCGAAGUCUCGCGAUCGACCAUUUUUGGCAGCGGCGAUGAAGCCCCAGGCCCGCAGCCAGAGGCUGUAAUCGAUAACACCGAAUCGGACGUCCAUAUCAGCAAUGCAACACCAGGCCUCAUCGCUCCCGUAGCGUGCCCAGACCUCGGCAAUUCGACAUCCUCAGGCCCCAUGUCGGCGCUGGGCCCUUUGGGACGACCCGAUGAAGUCUUAGCCAGCCCAAUGGCGGCCACUGUAGACGACGGCAGUCCUCGCGACCAUCUCGGAUUCCCCAUCUUACCCAACAGAAGGCGAGGCAGCAAGAUACCAGAGGACGACGGGAUGGCAGAAAUGCGAAGGCGUAUACAGGAGAUCUAUGCCCGAGAUGUGUCGCCUGAGGAGAAGGCCAGACUCAUGCACAGCUUGCAUCUCGAACGAUACAAUGCGUCCAGGGCAGUGCCCAACCUCCAACACAUAGCGAUCGGUUCGACAGGCCCCGUCGGCCAAAUGAAGGAGGAGCUCAGACCGCAAGGUGCUCUCGACUCCCUGAUGUUUUGGUCUUCGACAGGCGACAACGACACCGAAGAGUUCCAUCUCACCGAGAGUGAUCUCAUGCCCUCGUGGGCACCGUCUCGGCCAUUCAAGAGUCAAUCGGGACUAGCUUCGGGGCAGAUCACACCCGGUGCUCCUGCAGAAACAAUGUCCGAAAUCAUCCAGCCGCAGCUGGGAUGCCAACAUUACGAACGAAAUGUGAAGCUACAGUGCAACGCAUGCCGCAAGUGGUAUCCCUGUCGCUUCUGUCAUGACGAAGAAAUGGGACACGAUCACAAAUUACCGCGCUUCGAGACAAGAUACAUGUUAUGCAUGCUCUGCAAAACGCCGCAAAAGGCGUCAGAAGCAUGUGUCGCUUGCCAAGAACCGUCAGCGUACUACUACUGUGGCAUCUGCAAGCUGUGGGAGAACCGUCAAGAUAAACCCAUUUAUCACUGCUACGAUUGUGGCAUUUGUCGCAAAGGACACGGCAUCGGGAAAGACUUUUUCCAUUGCCUCACGUGCUGCGCGUGCAUCCCGACAAAUAUUGAGACGACGCACAAAUGCAUCGAACGCUCUACGGACUGCGACUGCCCCAUCUGCGGUGAGUACCUGUUCACGUCGCCCCGACCGGUCGUGUUCAUGGUUUGCGGUCACAGUAUACACAAGAAAUGCUACGACCAACACAUGUCGGUCUCGUACAAGUGUCCGAUUUGCAACAAGAGUCUGGCGAACAUGGAAACACAGUUCCGCAAUCUGGACAUUGCUAUCCAAAAACAGUCUGGAUUCCAAGGCCAAGCAGUGGAAGCAACAGAGCCCGUCAUCCCCGCCAACCGCAGAAGGCACUCGUCACAAGGCAUCGAACUGCAACGGCGAGUGUCUGAAGCAAUCGUAGGGUCGUAUCCACCCCCGAAUAUGCGUGUUGGAACGAGUCUGGAGAACAUCGACUCAGAUCCCGACGAGCCGAACGAUGGCAUCUUUGGGUUCUGGGGGCGCGGCUCGGUAGAUGACGACGAUGAGUACAUGUUUGAAGACGAGAGCGACGAAGAUUCAGCGGACGAUGAAGAAGAUGACGAGAUUCUACUCAUCGGUCACAGAUAG